UUCCUGGAAUGUCCAGGACUGGACGUUCCAUCGAGCGGCGUCCGGCGGGAGCCCGGGCCCCGAGGGCGGCUGAGCGGGCUGGACCCCGCGGCGAGGGGCAGAAGCGGUGGCACCAUGACGACGGAGACCUUCGUCAAAGACAUCAAGCCGGGCCUCAAGAACCUCAACCUCAUCUUCAUCGUGCUGGAGACAGGCCGAGUAACCAAGACCAAGGAUGGACACGAAGUGCGUACCUGUAAGGUGGCGGACAAGACCGGCAGCAUCAACAUCUCUGUGUGGGAUGACGCGGGCACGCUGAUCCAGCCUGGGGACAUCAUCCGGCUCACCAAGGGGUACGCAUCCGUGUUCAAAGGCUGCCUGACACUGUACACGGGCCGUGGGGGAGACCUGCAGAAGAUCGGAGAGUUUUGCAUGGUUUACUCUGAGGUCCCUAACUUCAGCGAGCCAAAUCCAGAGUACAGCACCCAGCUGCCCCCCGGAAAAGUGGUUCAAAAUGACAGCGGGCCCCCAACCCCGCAGCAGCCAACUGGACCUCCGGUCUCCUCUCCAGCCUCUGAGAAUCAAAACGGGAAUGGACUGAGCGCUCCCAGCCCCGGGGCUGGCCCCCACCCUCCUCACGCUCCCCCGCACCCCGCCAGCACUCGGAUCACCCGCAGCCAGCCCAGCCACGCCCCCGCCGGCCCACCGGGCCCCGGGCCCCCCACCAACCCCAUCAGUAAUGGCAAAGAGACACGAAGAAGCAGCAAGAGAUAGGGCCCCCGCCUCCCCCCGAGGUGGGGGGGCGGGUGGCUGUGUCAGAGCAAGAGAAAGCCCCUUGAGGCCCGGAUCGUGUCUGCUAACUCUGUUGUACUUUCCCAAAUGCUUAGCACAGUGCUCUGAACACAGUAGAUUGUAAACUCCUUAAGGGAAGGGAUCGUUGUCUAUCUGUCGUACUCUCCCAUCCACUUAGAGUGCCCUGCACGGAGUAGGCAUUCAAUCAGUGCAAUUGAUUGAUUGAUGAAUCGAUAGCCACCCCCCCCACUCGGGGAGGAACUGAAGGGUUAUUGACUUGUUAGGCUCCAGCAUAGGUGGGGGUGGGCAGUGGGGAUGCUGUCAGAGCCUAGAGCCUCAGAACUGCUUUGGUUUCUCCCCCCCGGCUCGUGGGGGCAGGAUCGACUUUCCACUGUUUUCAGAAGACUCAGUACUGAGGGGAGCUGGGGCAGUGUGUGCAUGUGGGUGUGUGUGUGUAUUUGCGCGUGUCUCCGCACACGCAUGUCUUUCCCUAAGUUUCCCCAAACCUCCAAUAAAUAUCUCCAUUUCACUCAUCUCUA